CAGCCCUCCAACCUCUCCGUGGUGUGCUGAGUGGCUUCACUUUCCUGUCAUCCUGAUCCACACCCCGAAAGUGCCCGUGCCCCUCCCAGACGGCUCCCGCCGGCCCGGCUCUCAACUCCUCCGGGCGGGUGUUCCGUGCUCGGCACUCUGGCAUCCGCGAUCGAUCCGGCCAGCGCGCUGGGACCCGCACAACCCAGGCCGGGUCACAGCGCGGGCACCGCGGGUGUCGACGCCCCUCCCGGGUCCGCCCCAGGGCGGCGCGGGGCGAGGGCGGGGCGGCCACGUCUGGGGCUGGAGGUCGGGGCCAACGCGGCCCGGCGGACGCAGGAGCCUCGAGGGCGGCCGGAUGCGGCCCGCACGGCCUCUGGGCGCGCGGCGGGGACUCUGGAGCGCGGCUGCCCGGAGCGCAAGGACGCGCGCUGGGGAUCGCAGUGCCCCCGUUCUCCCUGCGGGCCUUGGGACGCUCGGACCCUCACAUCUUCGUCCUCCCCGCGUCCUCCACGCGGCGCGCCAUGGGCAACGCCUCCAAUGACUCCGGAGCCGAGGACUGCGAGCAGAGCCAGUGGCUCCCCACGGGCGAGAGCCCGGCCAUCAGCGCGGUGAUGUUCUCGGCGGGGGUGCUGGGGAACCUGCUGGCGCUCGCGCUGCUGGCCCGCCGCUGGCGCGGGGACGCGGGUCGCGGUGCUCUGUCCCUGUUCCACGUGCUGGUGACCGAGCUGGUGUUCACCGACCUGCUUGGGACCUGCCUCAUCAGCCCGGUGGUGCUGGCCUCGUACGCGCGGAACCAGACGCUGCUGGCGCUGGAGCCCGACGGCCGCGCGUGCACCUACUUCGCCUUCGCUAUGACCUUCUUCAGCCUGGCCACGAUGCUCAUGCUCCUCGCCAUGGCGCUGGAGCGCUACCUCGCCCUCGGGCACCCCUACUUCUACCAGCGCCGCCUGUCGCGCCGCGGGGGCCUGGCCGUGCUCCCUGCCAUCUACGCCGCGUCGCUGCUGCUCUGCGCGCUGCCGCUGCUCGACCACCUCCAGUACGAGCAGUACUGCCCCGGGACCUGGUGCUUCGUGCGCCACCGCCGCUCCACGUACCUGCAGCUCUACGCCGGCGUCCUGCUGCUGCUCAUCGUGGCCGUGCUCGCCUGCAACUUCAGUGUCAUCCUCAACCUCGUCCGAAUGCACCGCCGGGGCCGACGGAGCCGCUGCGGACCCUCGUCCUCCAGCGUCGGCCCAGGGCCCCGCAGGAGAGCCGAGCGGCUGUCGGUGGCGGAGGAGGUAGACCACCUCAUCCUCCUGGCUAUCAUGACCAUCACCUUCGCCGUCUGCUCCCUGCCCUUCGCGAUCUUUGCAUAUAUGAAUGAAACCUCUUCCCGAAAGAAAAAGUGGGACCUCCAAGCUCUUAGAUUUUUAUCAAUUAAUUCCAUCAUUGACCCUUGGGUCUUCGUCAUCCUCAGACCUCCUGUCCUGAGACUCAUGCGUUCUGUCCUGUGUUGUCAGACUCCACUAAGGACUCAAGACGUAGCACAAACUUCCUGUUCUUCGCAGUCCAACGCCAGUAAGCAGGCUGACCUUUGUGGACAGUCAUGAGGGUGUCCUUUGCUAAGCGGCCUCUCGGAGACACUUGGAAAUGGCUCCUUGGAGAAAUGUAAAAGACUAGCAUAUAAACACAGUGAAACUACCCUAAUAAAAGACAGUAAACAAAUAUCUCAGCCAUGCUUUGAGUUACAGGCAUGCUGACAGGAUACUUCAUGGAAGGUGUUGGAGGUGUCGAUAAAACCUCUCCCCACUGCGGACUGUGUGUGGUGUGGGGAGGAACAACCAGUCCUUAAGAUCCAGUGAGCUUCUGAUGUAAGCUUUCCUGCUGCACGACAGAACACGUGGUGUGUGGUUUGUCUUUCCUAUGUUAAAUGUCUGUGCUAUUGCUGUUAUAAACAUAGUGUAGAGUCAGAAUCAGGCUAAGUGAAACCUCAUGCGUUUCUUUAGCACAUCAACAUGCAGAAGCACCCAAGACAGCCGAGCUGCUGUGCUGUGAUUAUUUAAGGGUCCCUUGGCUUGGACGAUGAUGUCAAAAGUCAUUGGCACUUUUACCCUGAUGUUUGUAACGGUGGGAGCGCUCUCUGGUCUCUCUAGUGUUACUCAUGUACCAGGGCCGACUCCGUGAGGUAGUAUCAGUUUGUUACACCCGCCCUUUAGGGAUCCUGUGUCCAAUGGCCAGGUUAUUUAUUUCAUAACAUCCCUAUACUGAUAUUAAUCAAGAAGAUUGUAGGAAUUUUCUUCUCAACCAGAAAUAAUAAAAUGGUUGUUAAGACAGUUAA